AUGGAGAGACCCAGGACCACUUCAGGGACCCAAGACCAUGGGGACCCAAGACCACUUCAGGGACCAGGACCCUUCAGGGACCAGGACCACUUCAGGGACCAAGACCACUUCAGGGACCCAGGACCCUUCAGGGACCCAGGACCACUUCAGGGACCCAGGACCCUUCAGGGACCCAAGACCUUCAGGACCCAGAUCCUUCAGGGACCUAGGACCACUUCAGGGACCCAAGACCACUUCAGGGACCCAGGACCACUUCAGGGACCCAGGACCACUUCAGGGACCAGGACCACUUCAGGGACCCAAGACCACUUCAGGGUCAAGAUCUUCAGGGACCCAGGACCUCGGGGACCCAGGACCGCUUCAGGGACCAGGACCACUUCAGGGACCCAGGACCACUUCAGGGGCCAGGACCACUUCAGGGGACCCAGGACCACUUCAGGGACCCAGGACCACUUCAGGGACCAGGACCACUUCCGGGACAGGACCACUUCGGGACCCAGGACCACUUCGGGGACAGGACCCUUCAGGGACCCAGGACCACUUAGGGACAGGGACCCACUUCAGGGACCCAGGACCACUUCAGGGGACCCAGGACACUUCGGGACCCAGGACCACUUCGGGGACCAGGGACCACUUCUGGGGACUGGGACCUUCGGGACCCAGGACCGCUUCAGGGACCACAGGGACCACUUCAGGGACCCAGGACCCGCUUCAGGGGACCCAGGACCACUUCAGGGACCCAGGACCCACUUCAGGGACCCAGGACCACUUCAGGGACCCAGGACCACUUCAGGGGACCCAGGACACUUCAGGGACCGGGACCACUUCAGGGGACCCAGGACCACUUCAGGGACCCAGGACCACUUCAGGGGACCCAGGACACUUCAGGGACCAGGACCAUGGGGACCAGGACCACUUCAGGGACAGGACAUUCGGGACCGGGACCACUUCAGGGACCAGGGACCACUUCAGGGACCCAGGACCACUUCAGGGACCCAGGACCCUCAGGGACAGGACCACUUCAGGAUCAGGACCACUUCGGGGACCGACUUCAGGGACCCAGGACCGCUAGGGACCCAGGACCACUUCAGGGAUCAGGACCACUUCAGGGACCCAGGACCACUUCAGGGGACCCAGGACCACUUCAGGGACCCAGGACCACUUCGGGACCCAAGACCUUCGGGACCCAGGACCCUUCGGGGACCCAGGACCGCUUCGGGGACCCAGGACCACUUCAGGGACCACAGGACCAUUGGGACCGGACUAGGACCCAGGACCACUUCGGGGACCACAGGACCACUUCGGACCGGGACCGGGACUGGGACCACUUCAGGGACCCAGGACUGCUUCAGGACCCGGGACUACUUCAGGGACCACGGACCACUUCAGGGGACCCAGGACCACUUCGGGACCAGGACCACUUCGGGACCCAGGACCACUUCAGGGACCACAGGACCACUUCAGGGACCCAGGACCACUUCAGGACGUCAGUGGGGAGACCCGGGCCAA